AUAUAUCCAUACGGAAUGCCCCGAGAAAUGGCUAUGCUUUUAUUAUUUUUCUACUUUUGUCUGGCGGCAAAUCGUAGUAUUGCGCAAAGGGAAUGGAGCUCAGUUGGUGAGAGGGUUUAAUUAACCCAUCAAGAGAACGUGCUGGGUAUGUUCGCCUAGGUUGAUCUCAUCUGCAUCGACAAGUCCAGCAGUGCCGAGCUGUCAGAGGCAUCAACUCCAUGUUUCAAUGGUACAAGCAAGGAGCCUUGUGCGUUGCCUACCUUGCCGAUGUUCCAGCGUAUCCGGCGGAUCACCCAGGGAGCGAGUAUUUCGAAAUAUCUCUCUCUCGAAGCCGCUGGGUGACGAGAGGCUGGACCUUGCAAGAACUCAUUGCGCCCGGCGAAAUCCACUUCUUUGCCAAAGACUGGUCCCUUCUAGGACGAAAAACCGACUUGUUCACGAGAUCCAUAGAGUGACAAAGAUAAAUGUGGAUGUGCUCUACGGUCGCGAACUUAGUGCGUCCUGCAUAGCGCAGAGGAUGAGUUGGGCAGCGCACCGCACAACGACCAAGGUUGAAGAUAUGGCCUACCUUCUGAUGGGACUCUUUGGUGUCAACAUGCCCUUGCUUUAUGGGGAAGGAGCAAAAGCAUUCCUUCAACUGCAAGAGGAGAUCAUGAAAACAUCCAGACUAAGUUCAACCCCCUGCUUCCUGCGCAACCCCCCAGCUGCGCAGUUCCACCAUUUGGGCAAAACCUCUUUGAGACUCUAUAUCUCUACCAAAGUACAUUAUAUUUGAAAUUCGUUUAAGCAAGAGGUAGAAUUAAGUGUAGAGAGAUCCUUCGACCUUUUUACGAGGUCAACUUCCGUGUUUUUGCGUUGGUAGUCCUCUACCGCAGUCGCGGCCUGGACCUGAGCAGCCUUGAUCUCCUCAACCCGUGCGAAUCGCUCAUUCAGGUCUACCUGGACCUUCUUUUUCCUUUUAGGUGCUAGAGCAGUCUCUAGGCGAGCUUCUAGAUGCGCGAUUUUGGCAUCAGAUAGAGCCUGGCGGGUCUGAAAUAUGCCGAUAGCCUUCGCCGCCUUUCUGAGAAUCCUCUGCGUGCCUUU